UUUUCUGAACGCAACCAAUGAUGAGAAAAAUGGCGAACGCUCACUCAACAUGUUGCGAAUGAGCGCAUCGCUCAGUAACGUUCAGGACGAAAUCAUUCAACAGUAGCACAACCGUUGAAUGUCGUGAACGCACCCGAUGAAAAUAUAAACUCGAUUGCAUUAGUUGUCAUGGUUACCAUUUGGCAAACACUAUAGCAGCAUUACAAACUGAUCAAGUUUAUUACUUGUGAAAAAGAAAAUGGAUUGGGCUAACGAGCUCGAGAUUACUUCCAAAAAGCUAAUACCACGUCUAGGUAGACGUGCAGGUCAAAACAAUUUGCUGGAAGAAAAGUCUGAUGAUGAUCCUUUAGAGAGUCCAAUUUCCUUGUCUUCUGGAAAAUCUAUUCCUACACAAAGGCCAAUAGUACCGCCUCGUUCAAGGAAAACUGGCUGGAGUGAUGAAUUAAAAAGUGGCAAGUCAAAGACAGUAUCAAAUAUCAUUGAACAACUAUUUCUUAGGGAACGUUUCCGAACGAUGGACAAAGAAGAACUCGAAGAUGAUAUUCCUGUCAUACCAGAUUUGGAUGAAAUUCAGGAAGAUAAUAUUUCACCUGAAAUUGCGAGUGCUCCUGCGGUGAACGCAAAUCGUGUAACUGCAUAUGAAGAAUUGGAUACAGAUCUGGUGAAAAACGCGGCAUUUACAUCAUUGGAUGAUGUUAGCCUUUCGCUACUUGCAGAUAAACUGUACAAUGAAAACUUAGCGAAGGAACCCGAUGAAGUGUGGAAUUGGAAUCUCCUCUUUACGCAAAUUUCUUCUGAAAUUAAUAGCGAGACGCAGGAAAAGAUCACGACUUGAAGCUAUUGAAGCAUUUUGUAAGAUAAAAGGGCCUAAAUACGUUGUUAAUGCGAAGUAUACUUUCGCAUUUUAUAUUCUUAAUGUAAAAAGAAACAUGUUGCCUGACAAAAUGUAUUUCGACUGCAUUCUGAUAGAUAAUGUCGCUUAAUUUUUUAAAUUUCGUAUUGAAUUCCAAACGAUAAUGAAUAAUAACGUCGCAAUUUUAUUAGAA